UUCUUUCAAAUUCAUCUUCUCCAUUCGUUGUGAGGAACCAAACGCGGCCUUGUGAGGCUGAGGCUCUUCCGCGAACACAUUCAAAUUGUUCUUUCCUCCGUUUUCUGAAGUUCCGAAUCGCUCAAUGCUCAACGAUUCCUCCAACGGAAACGCCGUUCUGCAAGAUCUUCAUCUCACUCAUUCUUCUCCACUAGUCAUCUUCUGCGCAUUCUGAGAGGGGUCUAUAAGGGAAGAUGUCUCAGACAUCCAGUGCCCUGCCUGCCUUCCACUCCAUCAAGUUGUUGCCUCCUGAGUUCAAGUUUGCUAAUAAUUCUAACCCCGUUCUUGUGGAAAAACAUGGAGAUGUUAAAUUUAGACGCACCAAUCUGACUGGACCGAAUGGUCUUGAGAAUGGUGCACUGGUAGGGGAGGUUUCUAAGGAAGUUAAAGGCCGUGCUGGUGGCAUGGAUCUUUUUGAUGAGGAAUCGCCAUAUGGUGGGAAAGGUAGAUCAUUAAAAGACCGGCCGUCUAAUGCAGAUGAAGAUUCAGUAUCUGUUUCUUUGCCCCUUCCAUCGAUUUUGACAUCCUCUAGGGAAAGCAGGUGGAAUGAUACAAAUGCUUAUGGUUCAAAAAAGAAGCUUCAGUCUUGGCUUCAACUACCAAAUGGGGAUUGGGAGCUGGUAAAGAUAAUAACAACUUCUGCAGAUGAAUCUGUCAUUUCACUGCCUAAUGGGAAAGUUUUAAAGGUGAAAGAGGAUAUUCUGGUACCAGCGAAUCCUGAUAUUCUUGAUGGAGUUGAUGACCUCAUGCAACUAAGUUAUUUAAAUGAACCCUCAGUUUUAUUCAACCUGCAAUAUAGAUACAAUCAUAAUAUGAUAUAUACAAAAGCUGGGCCUGUUUUGGUUGCUGUAAAUCCCUUUAAGAAAGUUCCUCUAUAUGGUAAUGACUAUAUUGAAGCCUACAAGUGUAAAGCAAUUGAAAGCCCUCAUGUAUAUGCAAUUACUGACACAGCCAUCCGAGAAAUGAUACGAGACGAAGUGAAUCAAUCUAUAGUUAUAAGUGGUGAGAGUGGAGCAGGGAAGACUGAGACAGCAAAAAUAGCAAUGCAGUACCUGGCUGCCCUUGGUGGUGGAAGUGGGAUAGAGAAUGAGAUAUUAAAGACCAAUCCAAUACUAGAAGCGUUUGGUAAUGGAAAAACAUUAAGAAAUGACAACUCAAGUCGUUUUGGAAAGCUCAUUGAGAUUCACUUCAGUGAAGCUGGAAAAAUAUCUGGUGCUAAUAUUCAAACAUUUUUGCUGGAAAAGUCUAGAGUAGUCCAAUGCAACGAAGGGGAAAGGUCAUAUCAUAUAUUUUAUCAGCUAUGUGCCGGAGCACCAUCAUCUCUUAGGGAGAAGCUAAAUCUGUUAAGUGUGGAAGACUAUAAAUAUCUGAGACAGAGCAAUUGUUUUUCAAUUACUGGUGUUGAUGAUGCAGAAGAAUUUCAAAUAGUCAAGGAAGCUUUGGAUGUUGUCCACAUUAGCAAAGGGGACCAGGAGAAUGUAUUUGCAAUGCUCGCUGCAGUAUUAUGGUUAGGAAACAUAUCAUUUACUGUGGUCGAUAAUGAAAAUCAUGUUCAAGCUGUUGAAGAUGAGGGGCUAUUCACUGUUGCCAAGUUGAUUGGCUGUGAAGUUGAAGACCUGAAGCUGACUUUAUCAACUCGCAAGAUGAAAGUUGGUAAUGAUAAUAUUGUCCAGAAGUUGACGCUAUCUCAGGCUAUUGAUGCAAGAGACGCUUUGGCGAAGUCAAUAUAUGCAUGUCUGUUUGAUUGGUUGGUUGAACAAAUAAACAAAUCACUUGCAGUUGGCAAAAGACGAACUGGCAGAUCGAUCAGCAUUCUAGACAUUUAUGGCUUUGAGUCAUUCAAUAGGAACAGUUUUGAGCAGUUCUGCAUAAAUUAUGCAAAUGAGAGAUUACAGCAACACUUCAAUCGCCAUUUAUUCAAGUUAGAACAGGAGGAAUAUAUCCAAGAUGGCAUUGAUUGGGCUAAAGUUGAAUUUGAAGACAACCAAGAUUGCCUUAAUCUUUUUGAGAAGAAACCACUGGGGCUACUGUCCCUGAUAGAUGAAGAGUCCACUUUCCCUAAUGGCACAGAUUUAACGUUUGCUAAUAAACUUAAGCAGCAUUUGAAUUCCAAUUCAUGCUUUAAAGGAGAACGAGAAAAAGCCUUUACUGUGCGUCAUUAUGCAGGGGAGGUCACUUAUGAUACAACUGGAUUCCUGGAAAAGAACAGGGACCUAUUACACUUGGAUUCCAUCCAACUUCUAUCCUCAAGCAAAUGUCAUCUUCCGAAGUUAUUUGCAUCCCAUAUGCUUACUCAGUCUGAGAAGCCUGUAGUAGGUCCCUUACAUAAGUCAGGUGGGGCAGAUUCCCAAAAACUAAGUGUUGCUACAAAAUUCAAGGGACAAUUGUUCCAAUUGAUGCAACGUUUAGAGAGUACUUCACCACAUUUUAUACGCUGCAUUAAGCCCAAUAAUCUCCAAUCACCCGGAUCAUAUGAGCAAAGCCUUGUACUGCAGCAGUUGAGAUGUUGUGGGGUCCUGGAAGUGGUUCGAAUAUCAAGAUCGGGCUUUCCAACUAGAGUGUCUCACCAAAAGUUUGCUAGAAGAUACGGUUUUCUUCUCCUUGAAAAUGUUGCCUCCCAGGACCCACUUAGUGUUUCAGUUGCUAUUCUUCAUCAGUUUAACAUUUUGCCUGAGAUGUAUCAAGUUGGCUACACAAAGUUAUUCUUCCGAACAGGGCAGAUUGGAAUGCUUGAAGAUACAAGAAAUCGUACCCUGCAUGGAAUUUUACGUGUGCAAAGUUGCUUCAGGGGUUACCGAGCUCGUUGUUAUCGCAAGGAGCUUUGGAGAGGAAUCACUACUCUCCAAUCAUUUAUUAGAGGAGAGAAAAGCAGAAAGGGAUAUGUAGCAUUACUUCAGAGACAUAAGGCUGCUGUUAUUAUACAGAAGCGGAUGAAAACAGUACUUGCAAGGAACAGAAUGAAAACUAUUAAUGGUGCUGCAGUUGUCAUACAAUCAUUUAUUCGGGGUUGGUUAGUCAGAAGAUGCUCAGGAGAUAUAGGUUUAUCAAAAUCCGGAAGCACGAAGACUAAUGAGUCAGAUGAGGUUCUGGUGAAGUCGUCAUUCUUGGUUGAAUUACAGCGUCGGGUACUUAAGGCAGAAGCUGCCCUGAGAGAGAAAGAGGAGGAAAAUGACAUUCUUCAUCAACGUCUUCAACAGUAUGAGAGCAGAUGGUCUGAAUAUGAAUUAAAGAUGAAAUCCAUGGAAGAAGUAUGGCAGAAACAAAUGAGAUCCCUACAAUCUAGCCUCUCUAUUGCAAAGAAGAGCCUUGCUAUGGAAGAUUCUGGAAGAAAUUCAGAUGCUUCUGUUAAUGCAAGUGAUGAUAAGGAUUACAGCUGGGAUGUAGCAAGUAAUCACAGGCGCCAAGAAAGCAACGGGACAAGAUCAAUGAGUGCUGGUUUGAGUGUUAUAAGUCGGUUGGCUGAGGAAUUUGAGCAGAGGAGUCAAGUAUUUGGUGAUGAUGCUAAGUUCUUGGUAGAGGUUAAAUCUGGUCAAGUUGAAGCAAGUUUGAACCCAGAUAGUGAGCUUAGAAGGUUAAAACAGAUGUUUGAAGCUUGGAAAAAGGACUAUGGUGCAAGACUACGUGAAACAAAGGUCAUUUUACAUAAACUUGGAAGUGAAGAUGGAUCAAUUGAGAAAGUGAAGAAAAAGUGGUGGGGAAGAAGAAAUAGUACAAGAAUAAGUUGAUUUAUUUUUUCCUUUUGGGGUUUGGCUUUGGUCUAUGCACUGCUUUAAGGGCAUUGCCAACUAUAUAUCCGAAAAUGAUGAAAAAUACAAUAGAAAAGAUACGAUAGGAGUAGGAGGGAAGAGUUAAGGAAGAAUGAAUUGCUAGUUACUGUAAUUAGGUUAGCCGUUGCUAGCCGCUUUUAUUUAUGAGAAAUUUCUGCACGUGUUGUGGAGUUAGAUACUCAAUACGAACCUUGUGAUUCAUGUAAAUCAUCACACGUGCCUUGCUAUGUGAAUUGCAUGCAAAAAAAAGCUAGUUUUCAAGCAUUACACACAUUU